UUCACUUUACUUAUUAGCCUGGCGUGUGUGCAGGUUGCCAAAUAUAGAGGGCUGGACCAUGAGACUUUCUCAAAACGUUUCCCAAAGGGCUCCUGUAGGUAGCGAGAAGUCUCGAAGCCCCAUCUCUCCCCGUCCCUGAUUUGCCCCCCAAAUCAGUUCGCAUAAUCCGGUACCAUCCCGUCCUCAGACCACUCUGCUCAAGAGGGGAGUGGUAAACCGAACUUUUAAUUAGAGACCCGAUUGUGCACAAACCCAAGCUCCCGCCUUGUCCCACACAGCCCUUAUUUUUUGGCCACGCCCCAGACACUUGCGUGUCGAAGCAAGUCCCACCCACCUCCAGUUGGCGGAAAGGGAAAGCCAAUAGCAAUCGUCUAAAGGGGAUCACGUACGCGUCGAACUUGCGCCAAACCUUUGAACUUGUACGAGGCGCCAAAAGAGGCCAGCUCUGGUCUCGAUCACCACAGGGUGGGCGGAGGCGGUGGCCGUCCACCACACCACAGCCAUGGAGCCGCUGCCCAGCGGCGACUACUGUGACCUGGACCCCGACUACUACUGGCUGGGGAUGCAAGAAGUGGAAGUCAGAUCUGAACCUGUGCAGGACGCGGCCCCAGGCGCCAAAGAAGACGGCCACAUUGAUGACGGCGGUCUAGUCCCCGUGGGCAACAAUAACCCCCAGGGCGGUGUCAGCUAUGCCAACUCUGGAGGCGACAUCAACCGCGAAGGCGUGGCGAACCGUGACGGCGAAGGGAACCACGAGGCCAGCGGUGUCGUCCAGGCGCUGGGGCAGCAGCACGCUGAAGGGCCACCCCAAGUGGCAGCCGCUGGGGCUCGUCAGCCCCACCGCAGGCAGCAGAGAGCCCCGCGCUGUAAGUUCACGGCAUUUCAGGUGCGGGAGCUGGAAAGCGUUUUCCAGCGCACUCAAUACCUUGACGUGGCCACAAGAAGAGCACUUGCAAGCUGCAUGAAUGUGACCGAAACCAGAGUGCAGGUUUGGUUUAAGAACAGGAGAGCCAAGCUCAGGAGAGAUGAGAGGGCAUCAAUGCCCACAACUACCCCACCUACUAACAUGGAACACCUGGUCAUCAUAAUGCUGGACGAGCCCUAGAAUGUCGCUCUCGUUCAGAAGCCAGAUUGGAGAUGGGUUCUUCCGGUGCCACUGACACCCGGGCCGCCUUGUUGCCCCUGCCACCCUUUUCUCCUCCGCAGUUGUGUUAUCAAUAAAGAGAAAAUUUUUCUGUG